AUGAAGGGGCAUUUUUCCAUCGAGUGGCUUUCUCAGAGCAGCCAGGCCUUGUGCAGCUCGCCAUCCACACAUCCCUCAAACUCUUGGGACGGCCCGAGCACCUCUGGCACGGCAUCCGAGAGCCUUCCCGGCUUCUACAGCAGAUGGAGACCGGAAAACACGGAGGCUCAGGAGAAACGUAUGGAGCCAGCACAGCCGGGAAACAGUUCGCUGUGUACACCUACGCAAGAGACCGAGUCAAAUGACAACAAUAUCAUCCAGAAACACACUCGCGCAUCAGAGGCAGGUUUCAGCAGCAGCACGGAGGAGGAGGAGACGUCCGGGUACGAGAGCGAGGGGGGCCGUUCUCUCUCACCUGGGGCCCUCAAAGAACCGGCUCCAUCUGCAUCUCCCUCUACUGGCCGCAGACCCCGAACAGCGUUCACCGCCGAGCAGAUCAACAGUCUGGAGAAAGCCUUCAAGAGGAACGCUUAUCUGGGAGCCCAGGACAAAGCUGAGCUCUGCAAAAGACUGAAUCUGUCUGAUAAACAGAUUAGAAACUGGUUCCAGAACCGACGCAUGAAGCUGAAACGGACCGUUCAGGACAGCCUCGCUCACGCAUGCCAGGCUAAAGUGGCCUCGCAUAUGAUGCAUUACUCCGACCUGCACGGUUUCCGAGCCGCUCCGUAUCCCAGCUUCUACGCGGGGGUCCAGGAGAGCGCGACACCGUACGGCUCCGGGUUCCACUACGGUCCUGCCACCUCCGGAGGCCUGCCGAGCCUGCCCGUGGACGCCCUGUAUCAGUACAGCCAAAUACAGAGCCUUCCCGUCCAUCCCAGCAACCCCUCCAUGAUGACCCCGUACCCGCCGUACCACUCUCACUACUACAGCACACAGUGAGAGGAGAGGCCGCCAGCAAACCCGCCAUUUCGGUCUGUUACUGCUAGUCAAGGCUUUGUUUACAUCUUUGCAUUUGUGAAUACAGGGUGAAGUGCAAUAACAAAUGUGAUUUUUUUUUUUUUGUAUUGUUUUGAAGAAUUAUUUAAAUAUGUUUGUAAAUCUUGAAAAAUGUCUAUGUGUACAAGAGGAGUGUAUAAAUAAAUCUUUUUCUAUUUGA